AUGCGGGACAUGAUGGCUAGGGUUCACGUGGCCUGCAUUUCCGGCCUGGUGGCUUGUCUCGGCCGAAGGAUCUCCAAGGGCGGCUUCACGGUGAACAUGCUCAAGAUCGGCGCCGACCAUCGCCGCAGGUGGCCCGACAUGGUACCAAAGGUCCGGCAGACCCAGAGCUGGCUGGUUGGCAAGCUCCAGGAGUAUUCCGAGAGCAAGGAGCGGGGCUAG